AUGGCCGACAAGAUCCUUUGGACAUACAUUAUCCUAGAUUUACUCUUUGUAGGUUCUGGAGCAUUGUUACUUGGAUUUGCCUUGAACACGAAGGCUGGUACUUCACAAGCACUGAGUAUUUCGAGUGUUGGGACGAAACUUCUAUUGGAGGGUACUCCUUUGAAUGCUGCCAUUGGCAAUGCAAUCUUAAUCUUCAUUUCCUUCCUCCUCUCCAUUCCCGCCAUGACCCUCAGCACCACCCGAGGCUGGCUCAAACUCCAUGGCUACAUGGUCGUCGUCUGCGCCAUCUUCACCCUGGUCAUAGGUCUCGAUAUUUGGUUUGGUACUCUUCAAUCCAAGGAAUCUCUUCUCGAUACAUGGAAUGCGCAAGGUCCCACCACGCAGAGUUUAUUGCAGGAAGAAUUUGGAUGCUGCGGUUAUUUCAAUAGUACGAGCGCUCCUGCAUUCAUUAUAGAUUCUACUUGUCCGAAUGCUAUUAUUGCAGCUACGAUGCCGGGAUGUAGUGGCGCUUUUGUUAAGUUCGAUGGUUUAUUUUUGGAUGUUAUUUUUACGGCGGCUUUUGGUAUUGUCGGUCUCGAUGUAGCAGUUAUCUUCGGUAUUGCGAUGCUUAACAAAGAUCGUAAGGAGAGGGAAAGAUAUAGGUUUAUUGAUGAGAAGAACGGGAUGGGAUCUUUUUAG